GCGCUUUCUCAGUGUUGAAUCUGUCCCGCGGACUCGGAGCUGCGAGCAGGAGAAGCGCGUCCUUCUGCAAACACCGCAAAAGUGCGCUGAGGACGAGCUGCGGUGCGCGCAGCGGCGAGUGCGGACGCUGGAGCAGAUUUGUGAGGAGAAAACAAAGCCGAAGUGACAAUCUGACAGCCAGAAUAAGCAAAGCAGGCACCAGAGCUGUGGUCUCGAGUACGAGUAGGAGGUCUGGCCAGAACUGUUGAGCGUCUCCGGUCCCGGCUUCCCACGGAACCGUGCGCUCCGACGAUGGAUGAUCACUGCCGGCAGUGAAGGAUCCGCGCUGCCCGCUCCCCCCUCCCCUCCACCUGGACGUCAGCAGAGCCACCGUCCUUCAAGAAAAAUGGGUUGUUUUCACAUUGACGGGGGGAGGGCUUGGCGUUAACACCGGCGGAUCAUGGAAGGGCUUCACACAGAUGUCGCGUCGGGACAUUUCUUGGAUGCGGCCACCGGCUCUCCGGCAGCGCAGGGCCCGGCGCUCCUUCCUCCCGGCGGCCCCCGGACAUACCUGGAGGUGGCGGCCGCUGGCCGGGGCUGCGGGGCCGGGGGGGCCGGGGGGGCGCACACCAACGGCACACGGCACCCGGAGCACGGCAGCCCGCGGAUCAUCGGGAGCGGCAGCCGCGACAGUUCCGCGGAGAGAAGUCAGGGAGCUGGAAGCGCACCUUGCGGAAUCAUGAAGGAUGGAUCAAAACAGAGGCAAGUGAGGAAGAAGACGGUGUCCUUCAGCUCCAUGCCAAGUGAUCGUAAGAUCAACAGCACCGCUGCUUGCAUGGCAUUCAUGAUGGAGGGCUGUGAGAUGAAGAAGGUGCGCUCCAACUCGCGCAUGUACAGCCGCUACUUUCUUCUCGAUCCAGACAUGCACUGGCUCCGUUGGGAGCCAACCAAAAAGGAUUCGGAGAAGGCCAAACUGGAAAUCAAGAGCAUAAAGGAGGUCCGACUGGGAAAGAAAACUCCUGUUCUGCGCAGCAAUGGGCUCUCAGAUCAGUUCCCCGAUGAAUGUGCCUUCUCAAUCAUCUAUGGGGAUAACUAUGAGUCUUUGGAUUUGGUAGCCAGCACGGCAGAUGUUGUCAGCUCAUGGGUCAUGGGCCUAAGAUAUCUGGUGUCUUAUGGCCGCCACACCGUGGACAUGAUGGAACCCAGCGAACCAAGCCUGCGGACGUCUUGGAUUGGCUCAGUGUUUGAGCUCGCAGAUACAGAAAAGGAAGGACAUAUAGACCUGUUCAGAGCCACUCAGAUAAUCAAGGGACUCAAUCCAGGAAUGAAAGAGUCGAGGAUAGAACUGAAAUUCAAAGAACUUCAGAAAGCUAAAGACCAGUAUGGAGAGGCUAUUAAUACGGACAUUUUCAUGGAGGCCUAUUGUGAGCUCUGCACACGACCAGAGAUUUUCUUCCUGCUGGUUCAGUUCUCCAGUAACAAGGAGUAUCUGGACAGUAAGGAUCUCAUGAUGUUUGUGGAGGUGGAACAAGGUGUGGAGGGUGUAACAGAGGAAAUGUGCAGAGAUAUUGUUCAGAAAUUUGAGCCAUCUGCCGAGGGCAGAGAAAGGGGCUACCUCUCCAUUGAUGGCUUCACACACUACCUCCUGUCCUCUGAAUGCCACAUUUUUGACCCCCAGCACAAACGUGUGUGUCAGGAUAUGACCCAGCCUCUCUCCCAUUACUACAUUAACUCCUCACAUAAUGCCUCUCUUCUUGAUGACCAUUUCUGGGGUUCGUCAGACAUCAGCAGCUACAUCCGAGGUCUCAGGAUGGGCUGUCGCAGCAUUGAGGUCAUAGUUUGGGAUGGCCCUGAUAACGAACCAGUCGUGUAUGUAGGCAGUUCUGUGGCAUCACAGCUGAUUUUCUCAAAAGUACUGGACAUUAUAAACCAGUAUGCUUUUGAAAGCUCCGAGUAUCCUCUGAUCCUCUGCUUGGUGACACACUGCUGUAUCCUCCAGCAGAGGGUCAUGGCACAACACAUGAAGAAGAUUCUCGGGGACAAGCUGCAUGUUGAAUCCCCCAACAGAGAAGAAAACUACCUGCCCUCUCCUGAGACGCUAAAAGGUAAAAUCCUCCUUAAGGGUAAAAAGCUGCCGCCUAGCUGCACUGAUGCUGAGGGGGACGUGACGGAUGAGGAAGAAGGUCUGGAAAUGUCCCGCAGAGUUGGAGCAGAUGAGAAGGAUCAUCUGAAUGGCCUUGGCUGUAAGAAGCUCAGGCUUUGUAGGGAAUUAUCUGACCUCGUGUCUCUCUGUAAGUCAGUACACUUCAGAGACUUUGAGACAUCAAAGAGGGACCAAAAAUAUUGGGAGAUAUGCUCCUUCAAUGAGGUAGAUGCAAACAGAUUUGCCAAUGAGUUUCCAGAGGAAUUUGUCUAUUAUAACAAACGCUUCAUCUCCAGGGUGUAUCCCACACCUAUGAGGAUUGAUGCCAGCAACAUGAACCCCCAGGAUUUCUGGAAGUGCGGCUGCCAGAUUGUUGCCAUGAACUACCAGACACCAGGCUUGAUGAUGGACCUCAACCUCGGGUGGUUCAGGCAGAAUGGUAACUGCGGUUAUGUUCUACGGCCGGCCAUCAUGAGGGAAGAGGUUUCCUACUUUAGUGCCAAUGCUCGGGACUCCCUGCCAGGAGUGUCUGCACAGCUUCUCCACAUCAAGAUCAUCAGUGGGCAAAAUCUGCCCAAGCCUCGUGGCUCUGCUGCUAAGGGUGAUGUGGUAGAGCCCUACAUAUAUGUGGAAAUCCAUGGCAUACCAGCUGACUGUGCUGAGCAAAGAACCAAGACUGUGUCACAAAAUGGGGACAACCCUAUUUUUGAUGAGAGCUUUGAAUUCCAGAUAAACUUACCAGAACUUGCGGUUUUACGCUUUGUGGUUCUGGAUGACGACUACAUUGGAGAUGAGUUCAUUGGCCAGUACACAAUCCCAUUUGAGUGCCUACAGCCAGGCUAUAGACAUGUUCCUCUGCAAUCUCUUACGGGAGAGUUCCUACCCAACACCACACUGUUUGUUCAUGUAGCCAUUACCAACAGGCGGGGUGGUGGGAAGGCACAUAAGAGGGGUUUAUCUGUGAGGAAGGGUAGGAAGGCUCGAGAGUAUACCACGACAAAGACCACGGGGAUCAAAGUGGUGGAUGAGCUCUUCAGGGCUUCUACGCAGCCCCUCAGAGAGGCCACUGACCUCAGAGAAAAUGUGCAGAAUGCCAUGGUGUCCUUUAAGGAGCUCUGCGGCCUGACUCCUGCAGCCAACAUGAAGCAGUGCAUCCUGACUGUGUCCACCUGGCUGAUGAACAGUGAGCGAUCGCUGAGGGUAACGGUGGACCUGAGCGAGACCUACCCAACCAUGGAAGCUCAGGGUCCUGUUCCUGAGCUUCUGCGCAAAGUACUCAACGCCUACGACAUGAUGAUCCAAACCAGCAAAACACUGAUCGAGUCAGCUGAUGUCGUCUACUCCAAGCUCACACAAGCACAACGUGCAGGUCUGGACUUCCACGAGGAUCUGCAUCGCAUCGGGGCAAAGGAGGGUCUGAAAGGCCGCAAGCUUCAGAAGGCCAUGGAGAGCUACGCUUGGAACAUCACUGUGCUUAAGGGCCAAGCAGACCUGCUGAAACAUGCAAAGAGCGAGGCGCUGGACACUCUGCGUCAGAUCCACUGUGCAGCUCAGUCGUGCGGCCUCAGUAAAAACGGAGCAGCUUCCCCCCAGCUGCAGCACCAUCCUCUGCACCAGCCCCUACAGACCCAGCAGCAGGCCCAGGCCAAGCCCCAACCGCAGCCUCCACCGCUGUACCAGUCCAAGACCCAGCUCCAAACUCAGAUCACACCUCAGGCUUAUCUCCACCUACAUCCACAGCAAUACUCCCAGCCGACACCUCUCCCCGCUGCCCAAACUGAUCCCAAGCCGCCGGCCUAUAAUCAACCUCCCCCGAUGCCCCGGGCGCAGCUUCAGUUCCACAGCCAGCAGCAGCGGGCGCCGGGACCUCUCGACACCAUCCCCGAGAGAGAAAAGGAGAUGGUCAGUGACAGUGCUGCGGGGAACUGCUGACCCGUAGCCUGCGCCCACAGAGAGCCCCACCCAAAGAGAGACGGAGAGACGGAGAUGCAGAAGGAUGCAAGAGGAAAGCAGGAGGCCGGUGAGGAAAGGGAGAUAGCAGACGCUCCUGGGAGGAAGACUCGCCGCGUUCGAAGCGAGACACGAGUCUGACAGGAGAUUUUAAGUUUGUAAGCAGGAUGGAAAACAGGUAUAAUGCUUGUUUUUUCUCUGGAUUUAGGGGAAAAUCAACAACUUUCAUUUCAACUAGAAAGCUAACAUCUCCUCAUCUUCUUUCCUGCCAGAAGUAAAAGGGUGACAGCUGGUGACAAAGUUCUGGUAUUUCCGUGUAGGAAACGCAUGCCUGAGACAGAUCAAGGACUUUGAUUUCCCCUGUCUCUCUUUGGACGUCGCUAUUCACACGCCCCUCCACAUACUGUAACAGCUCUGUGGGUGCAGGUUUUACCUCCCAUUGGCUUUUCGUGCCACAAAUUUGCCCCUUGUGGCAUGUCUUUCAGCUUUUGUUUCUUCAAAUUCACAUCCCCGUGCCAUCUUAGACACAAAGUGUAGUGCAAACCCUCACUUCUUUCAGUGAAAAGGAUGCCAUUUUAAUUUUACAUGCACAAAACAGAGCAGUUCCGCUACGCUGCACACCGUAGGAAUCCAAAAUUACAACUUCAGCACAAACCAGGGAGAUCCAGAGCUAAUAUAGGAAAAAAAAAGAAGAAGAAAACAACCUAUCUGCAGCUGUCGAUGUGAUCAGUCAUACUGGUGUGUUCUGUCCGGCUGUUAACCUCCAUCUGGCCCUGCAUAUCUCUCGCGACAUUCAUUAGGGCUGAAGUUCUUCAUCUUUCCUGGACGCUCCCCUCGCCUGUGAUGCUGCGUGAGUUUGGUGCCCUGGGUGGAGCUCGUCCACGUUUUCGAGUGUUGGAGGUCAGCAACCAGGCACAACUUGAAUGUUUGACCCUGGAAGGUCAAAAAAAUGAACAUGAAACUGUUUGUCAGUGAAAAUGUAAAAUAAAGUGACUAUAGAUGUAAACUGUAUGUAAAAUGUAUGAAGGGAACGCAUAUUGCUAUAACAAUUCUCUGAUAUUAAUGAUUGAUAUUCUAAUUGUUGUUAGUUUUACUCAGAUUUCUUUUUUUAACAUUGCUUCCACAUCGAUAGUGAUUUGACACCAGUUGUUCUGUGGAGCAGGUUAGGACACCAGUUGCCAGUGGGACUGGAACGAAGGUGUUAGUUGCACAACACAGAGGUCUGACGAUAACCUGACGUGUUUCACUUGUUGUGGAUUCUGCAGGAGCUCCUACCCAUUAAAACUGGCUUCAUUGUUUAUCCCGUCUCUUCUUGUUUAUU